AUUGAUAUUGAUUUCAAAAAACUAACCAAUUUGGAUGAAAAGUGUGAUAUGGAAAAUAUAAAGAAGGAACAUGUACAACUCCUAAAAUUGGAAAGUAAUUUGCAGGGUUUAACACCUUUUGCUCAGUUCGGUCGCGGGAGGUUAUACUUCACACUGUCAAAUAGCAUUCAAAUAGGAGAAAAACCAUUCAAACAAAUUGUUAAGAGGAACUUGACGUUUCAUACAGAACAUUUCCUAGGUACAUGGCAUUUUUGAAUGUAAUACUUAACUUCCCAAGGCUUAUUCUGUGUGAUUUAUCUUUCUUACAGAUUGUAAAACACAAGGACAGGUUAUUAAAAUACUUAGAAAGUAAGGAAGGACAGAGCAUUCGAGAUAGUCUAAGGGCGCGUUUUAGGUUGACAACAAACUGAGUUCGGUUUUGAAACCGGGUUUUCAAACCUUCCAUUUGUUUCGUAAAACUGGUUUUGAACUAGAAAAGGUUUGAACCAUUUGUUUUCCAAAAUCGCUAACUGGUUUGCAAAACCGACCAAACUGCCCCCAUAGGCGGUUUGUACGGUUUGAUGUAUCCGAUAUUACGUGCACUUGUGGAAAAAAAUGGCGGACCUCGUGGAUGAAAAUGGAAACAGGUAAAGAAACAUAAGAAUUUGUCAAUUAUGGCGAAAGGCCAAUGUUAUUUAAAUGGUAUGUUUGUGUAUGUGGGCUCAGUCGUACAAAAUAACAUUUUGUAAAGGCACUCUGCGAUCGGCAAAGAACAUUUGUACCAAUUCUAUGUUGAAAUUCGUUCAAGAUAAUUCGUACCCGGUUGCAAGUCAAAAUGCCCCCAAGUCAAAACGCCCCCACGUCAAAAUGUCCCCAUUUUGGCACCCACAAAAAGUGAGAAUGUCCAAAUUUGCGACCCAAAUCGCUCCCAUUCCAAUCAAAACAAUAACUUCCAUCCGUUUUAAAUCAUUAAUUUUAAAAAUUUGACUAUAAAGAGGUAUUUAAACAUGAUUUCAUUUUCCAAAAUGGGGGCGUUUUGACUGUAAACAUUCGUACCCCAGACAGUCGUGUACUCAUCAGCGCUCAUGUAGGCUACAAAUGUAUGUAAUACAGGGCAGAUCCUUUUUUAAAUGUUUCAGGGUUAUGGCUAUUGGGCCUCUACACAGUGUCAUCCGGAACGUUUCCAUCAACACCUCUCAAGAAAAACUCUGAAGAGUUAUUUGGCAUGUGAUGAAAAGUAUAGAGAACAGCUGGAAAGCAGCAUGUACCCAGCAGACAUUCCAGUCAUUGUCCGGCAAUAUACAAACGCAGUGUUCCAGAGAGUGCUGAACAACCUUAAUGGUCUUGGUAAGGAUGCAGUCGAGGAGAUACAUCCUUGGGUGCUGUGCACCUUGAUUGAUUGGGACGAGUUUGACAAAGUCAUAUGCACUACAACAAAUCAUACAGGUAUCUAACUUCUUGGAGUUUAACAUUGACCUUCCAAACAUUGAUCGAAUGACCAUUUAAGUUUGUAUUGAACAUUGAAACGAUCUAGCAGUACAGAAGUGUCUUAAUAAGUUGAUAUUUUCAAUAAAUAAAUUUUGGCAUGAAAGACAUGGAAAUGGGUGUCAUAUUUAAGAAAAGGUUGUAGCUAACAGAGGUACUGUUUUUUCUAUGUAGAAUGUAUGACAUACCCUGCAAUCUUGUAUAAUUAAGUUUCAUAAAUUUACGUGGAAAUCUUCCAUGUGUUGAGUAUUUUCAUUUCUUAACGGUCCUUACAGAAAUGUGUCCCACUACCAGCUCUAUAUGCAUGUAUAUUACAUUUUGUACCAUGUAAUACAAUGACUGAAAGUGACAUAAACAAAUCUUUCCAUAAUCCAUUACAGAUGACAGAGAUACAGAGUCUGGAACAGGCACACCAUGCGAAAUGCCAGAGAUUAGAUCAACUUGGUUAACAUCUUCCUCUUCAGAUGGUGUAGCACCAACAAGCCAGAAUGGCCAUGAUGGGACUACAGAUGCUGCUGAGCCAGAUGUUGUUGCGGAAAACAUGAAGUCUGAGAAACAAGUUUGGACAAAACCCGCAGUCCUGAAGCGGAUUGCCCUGCAUCAAGACCACGAGGCUGACUUCAGAAAACCUUCACUGAAGAAAACUAGAAAUGUGUCCAUAGGACACGGAUGCCCCCACACGCCACUGUUCUGUCAAUCUUAUGACUCUAGGUCAAAUAUUUUUUGGACUACAUGUGCCACAAGUUGAAAACUAAAAAUCAACAAAGGGCCAUAAUUCUGUUAAAUUUAAUCGC